UCCCCUCCUCGGGCACUGUGAUGCUGCAGGGCAACUGCUGGCCCAGCAUGUCUGUCUCAGGCCCCCUCCCUCGCAGUGUGUCACAACCGCGGAGGCGGCCGUAUCUGGAGCAGUUGGGGUGGGCAGGCCCAGCUGGGAGGCGAGCGGGCGAGGAGAGCGGCCACGAUGCGGGAAUGCAUAUCAGUCCACGUGGGUCAAGCUGGAGUUCAGAUUGGCAAUGCCUGCUGGGAACUCUUCUGUUUGGAACAUGGCAUCCAGGCAGAUGGAACCUUUGGCACUCAGGCCAGCAAGGUCAAUGAUGAUGACUCCUUCACCACCUUUUUCAGUGAGACUGGAAAUGGAAAACAUGUGCCCCGGGCUGUCAUGGUCGACUUGGAACCUACUGUAGUAGAUGAGGUGCGGGCAGGAACCUACCGCCAGCUCUUCCAUCCUGAGCAGCUGAUCACAGGGAAGGAAGAUGCUGCUAACAAUUACGCUCGCGGGCACUAUACGGUGGGCAAGGAGAGUAUCGACCUGGUGCUGGACCGCAUCCGUAAGUUGACAGAUGCCUGCUCCGGCUUGCAGGGAUUCCUCAUCUUCCACAGCUUUGGUGGGGGCACAGGCUCUGGCUUCACGUCUCUGCUGAUGGAACGGCUUUCCCUUGACUACGGCAAGAAGUCCAAGCUAGAAUUUGCCAUCUACCCAGCACCACAGGUGUCCACAGCAGUGGUGGAGCCCUACAACUCCAUCCUGACCACGCACACCACCCUGGAGCACUCUGACUGUGCUUUCAUGGUGGACAAUGAAGCCAUCUAUGACAUCUGCCGCAGGAACCUGGACAUCGAGCGCCCCACCUACACCAACCUCAACCGCCUCAUCAGCCAGAUUGUGUCCUCAAUCACUGCCUCUCUCCGCUUUGAUGGAGCCCUCAAUGUGGACCUCACAGAGUUCCAAACCAACCUUGUACCCUAUCCCAGAAUCCACUUCCCACUGGUCACCUACGCACCCAUCAUUUCUGCUGAGAAAGCCUACCAUGAGCAGCUGUCUGUGGCAGAGAUCACCAGCUCCUGCUUUGAGCCCAAUAGCCAGAUGGUGAAGUGUGACCCACGUCAUGGCAAAUACAUGGCCUGCUGCAUGCUCUACCGUGGUGAUGUGGUACCCAAGGAUGUCAAUGUUGCCAUAGCUGCCAUCAAGACUAAGAGAACCAUCCAGUUCGUUGACUGGUGUCCCACAGGCUUCAAGGUGGGCAUCAACUACCAGCCACCCACUGUUGUGCCAGGAGGGGACCUGGCUAAAGUCCAGCGAGCCGUGUGCAUGCUCAGCAACACCACAGCAAUUGCAGAGGCCUGGGCCCGCCUGGACCAUAAAUUUGAUCUCAUGUAUGCCAAGCGGGCCUUUGUACAUUGGUAUGUUGGAGAGGGAAUGGAGGAAGGAGAGUUUUCUGAGGCCAGGGAGGACCUGGCUGCCCUGGAGAAGGAUUAUGAAGAAGUGGGGACUGAUUCAUUUGAAGAGGAGAAUGAGGGGGAGGAAUUUUAAAUAUACACCUGCCCCAUGA